GUCCUGGUUGACACACAGGAAGAAGAAAUCUUUGAGAUGAACGUCCCUUUUGUCAAUGAAAAUCUGUCAUCAGUACUAAAUGGAAAGGAGUUUUCUACUGAAAAUGAACAUGAAGUGAUUCAUACACCUGAGCAAGUUGAUAAAGAAUAUCAUAAUGAAAAUACGAAUACAGGGAAGAUACCGUUUCAGUAUGAAUCCUGCUCAAAACAUUUAACAGAAAAGAGAAAUUUGCGAAGCCGUGAUAAGGAUCAUGACGAGGAGAAAAAAGUUAACGGCAAAAUCUGUACCAGGUCUUCUAUGAACAGGUUAGGAGUUACGAAUUAUUUAAAAAGUCAUAGUGAGGUAAAAAACCAAUUGCAAUGUAAUAUGUGUUCUAAAUCUUUCCUUCAAAGUAGUGCUUUGAAACGUCAUGAAAAAAGUCAUACCGGGAAACAAUUAUUUCAGAAUCAGAAACGUAACUUGAAAUGUUAUAAAAAAAUUCAUGCUAGAGUAAAAACAGUUCAGUGUAAAAUAUAUGCAGAGACCUCCACCAAAAACAAUAAUUUGGUAGACCAUGAAAAAACUCGUACAGCAGAAAGCCGAUUUCAGUGUAAAAUUUGUUUAAAGACAUUUACUCUAAAACAUACUUUAAAACGCCAUGAAAGACUUCAUGCAGAACAGAAAUCAUUUCGGUGUAAAUUCUGUUCAAAGACAUUCACUCGAAAUUAUCGAUUGAAAUACCAUGAGUUAACUCAUACUGGGGAGAGUCAAUUUCGGUGUAAAAUCUGUUCAAAGACAUUUGAUAGACUAUCCAGUUUGGAACGCCAUGAAACAACUCACAUCGAAGAGAAAUUAUUUUGGUGUAAGUAUUGCUCAAAAUCGUUCGACAAAAUUUGUCACUUGAAACGUCAUGAAAGAAAUCAUAUUGAAGAAAAACCAUUUCAAUGUAAAAUCUGUUCAAAGACAUUCACUCAACAUGCUAAUUUGAUAAAACAUGGAAUAACUCAUAGAGCGGAACGACCAUUUCUGUGUAAAAUAUGUUCAAAGACAUUCAAUAGGAAUGAUAAUCUGAAACGCCAUGAAAAAACUCACAUUGGGAAAAAACUAUUUCAGCGUAAAAUCUGCUCCGAAUCAUUCAUUCAGAAUGCUUCUUUGAUAUCACAUCGAAAAAAUCAUAAUAGGAUAGGACAGUUCCAAUGUAAAAUAUGUUCAAAGACAUUCUCUAGAAACUACCUAUUGAAAAGCCAUGAAAAAACUCAUACUGAGGAUAAAUCUCAGGGUAAAGUCUGUUCAAAGACUUCCACUCAAAAUAACUAUUCGAUAAAUCAGGAAAAAACUCAUAGAGCUGAAAGACCAUUCCAAUGUGAAAUCUGUUUAAAGAAAUUCACUAAAAAAGAAAUUUUGAGACGCCAUGAAAAAAUUCACGCAGAAGAAAAGCCAUUCCAAUGUAAAACUGGUUCAAAGAAAUUCACUAAAAAAGUAACUUUGAAAUGCUAUGAAAAAAUUCAUACAGGAGAAAAGCCAUUCCAAUGUAAAAUUUGUUCAGAGACAUUCCCUAAAAAAGAAUUUUUGACACGUCAUGAAAAAAUUCAUUCAGGAGAAAAGCCAUUCCAAUGUAAAAUUUGUUCAAAGACAUUCACUAAUAAAGAAUUUAUGAAACGCCAUGAAAAAAUUCACACAGGAGAAAAAUCAUUUCAGUGUAAAAUCAAUUCAGAGACAUUCACCAAAAAUAAUAAUUUGGUGAACCGUGAAAAAUCUUGUACAGAGAAAAGCCCAUUUCAGUCUAAAAUAUGUUCAAAGACAUUCAGUAGAAAGGAUAAUUUGAAAUGUCAUGAAAAAACUCAUAUUGGGAAAAAACUAUUUCUACGUAAACACAUGAGUAAAGAACCAUUCCAAUGUAAAGUCUGUUCGAAGACAUUUUCUCGAAAUGAUCAUUUGAAAGUCCAUGAAAAAUGUCACACUGGUGAAAGACCAUUUCACUGUAAAAUAUGUUCAAAGAAAUUCACUCAAAAUGGUAAUUUGAAACGCCAUAAAAAAAUUCAUGCAGAAUUAAAAACAUUUCAAUGUGAAAUCUGUUCAAAGAAAUUCACUCGUAAUGAUCAUUUGAAACUCCAUGAGAAAUCUCACACUGGUGGAAAACCAUUUCAGUGUAAAAUAUGUUCAAAGACAUUCACUCAAAACUUUAGUUUGAAACGCCAUGAAAAAAUUCAUGCAGAAUUAAAAACAAUUCAGUGUAAAAUAUGUUCAAAGACAUUCACUCAAAACCAUAAUUUGAAACGCCAUGAAAAAAUUCAUGCAGAAUUAAAAACAUUUCAAUGUGAAAUAUGUUCAAAGAAAUUCACUCGAAAUGAUCAAAUGAAACUCCAUGAGAAAUCUCACACUGGUGAAAAACCAUUUCAGUGUAAAAUAUGUUCAAAGACAUUCACUCAAAUCUCUAGUUUGAAACGCCAUGAAAAAAUUCAUGCAGGAUUGAAAACAUUUCAAUGUGAAAUCUGUUCAAAGAAAUUCACUCGAAAUGAUCAUUUGAAACUCCAUGAGAAAUCUCACACUGGUGAAAAACCAUUUCAGUGUAAAAUAUGUUCAAAGACAUUCGCUCAAAAUCACAAUAUGAAACGGCAUGAAAAAUCUCAUACUGCUUAAAAACGUUCAUAUGGAAUAGUUUUUUGAUAGCGCAUGAAAACACUCAUUCCGAGAAAAAACCAUUCCAAUGUGAAAUCAGCCCAAUAACCAAUCGCUAAAAAUUAUCAUCAUGAACACAAUGAAAAUACUCAUACUGGGAAAAACAGUUUCAGUUUAAAGUUUGUUCAAAGACUUUCAUUCAAAAUAUAAAAAAAUCAUACCAAUUAACAAUAAAAGUCUUUUUUGUACAACUGUCAAAAAAAUUUGACAUUUCUACAAAUCUCUAUUGAUGCGUAAAUGUAAAAUAAACAUGAAAUAUUACUUUUCGAAAGAUUUAUUUUUAACUGAGUCAAUUAUUAAUUGAUUAUUCAUCAUAAAACAAUUUCAUUUUUUGGAAUAAUAAUUGAGUCGUUCAAUCAAUACAUUUUUCUCUCAAUCACCUUCAAGAGGAAGAUCUUCCUCUUACUUACCUUACUAGAAAAGGCGCAAAAAUUUUUUUUAGAAGCAUUCACUUAGAAAAAUAAUGUACCUAUUUGAGAGAUUGGAUUUUAUAUGAAUCAAAAAAUUUUUAUGUUGAUAAUAACCUUUAUUAACUAUGAUUAAUUGUAAAUAUGUAAAACACAAAUAUGACAACAGAAUACAGUCCUCAUCAAUCUCUAAUUGUGUUUUUUCACGUUCAAUAUUCUAUUCAAUAUUAGAUCAAAAUUUUUAUAAUUGAGUUGUUCUGAAAUGUAGAUUUGUCUGAUAAAUUACCUCCUAGAAAUUUUUAGGUUGUAUUUCUUCAACUUGCCCUGGUAUUUCUUUCUUUCUGAUAUUUGCUGUUUAAAUAGAUUGAGAGGUAUAAAAUAUUUUGUAUGUAUAGAUCUUUGGUAGCUCAACUUUCGGUGUGGUACCAUUAUGCUGACUAAUACGUUAUAUAUAAAUAUGUUCUGAGAGACCGUUCACAAAAAAUAAGGGUCCUAGUACUGAUUCCUGAGUAACUCCCAAAGUUACUUUCUGUUCCUUGGACAUGAUACUGUUUUAACCGUCAUACUACGACCAUUCUUAUAGGACUUCAUCCAAGACGAUGUGUCAUGGAAAACGGAGCCUAACUUUGAUCUUAUAAAGUACACUCUGGCAGAUAGUUGAACACAAAUUGUUUUCAAUCUAUCCUGAACUGAUGUAGUGUCAGUUUGAAAAAUCAACAGUCGAUCAGAAUUACCACUAAUCUGCUGCUCAGGAGAAUUCAAUACUUUUUUUUUCAAUUGUACAGAAAAUUAAAUCAAGGAACGUUUGACUUUGAAUUUUGAUAUCUAUAUUACUACAAUCAAACUACAUUUUUGGGAAUCAUCGAUUUCAACAAUUACUGCCACAAUUUACAGUUCCCUUUAUAUCUAUUUCCUAUGAAUACGAUUUGUUUUAUUCAGUACAUAUUUACAUUGUCUUUGUAUUUCAUUUUUACAUUGUGCUCUAUUUAUUUUAUACCUUCAACAUUUGAAUGUGUUUGUGCUGUGUAUGUUUAUAUGUAUAUUUCAUUUGUUAAUGUUCUUUGCAUUGUGUUGAAAAAGUUUUUAUCUUUUCUAAUACAUGUGCAAGUCAAAAAUACAGUUGUCAAAAAUAUAA